AUGGAACUGCGACGCGGGGGAGGCAAAUCUCGAGGAUGGAUAGCGAGAGCCUGCCCAAGUGACCUAUUGUACGCCGAGGUAGCCAGGUACUGUCGCAAACAAGACGGACAAAGUGCCGUUAUAAGGGCACUUUACGACCUGCAAAUUAGCUCCGUUGCCUGGGGGACCUCGGUCAAAAUCGACGAUCAUAAAAUAGCUCUCUUUGAAGCCAACCGAAUAGUUGCUGCUAAGGCAAACAGUGAGACCUGCAAGACUCAAACGCUAUCAACCAAUGACACCUGCAACCAACCCCUGUCAUUGCGCCUGCAUGGUCGGCCGAUGUUCCAAUCGGCACGGAUAGACAUCAUUGGACAUCUGCGGUCCCAGUGUAAUGUCAACGCGACAACCCAGUCUCUCAUCUCCCAACACACAGUCACCACUUGCAGCACAGACGAGAACAAUCAGACCAAUCUACAAAAUAUUAACACCACUUCCUCUACCACCAACAAUGUGGAUCCAGUCCUAAACCGUUGGAACAACUAG